CAACGAGCCUGGGAAGACAAGAGACCGAGAAACCUAAUAAACUCGCCCUCGGUGAAGACCAAGAGACCGAAAUACCUAAUACUCUUUUACGAGUAGCCCCAAACUCUUUAACUGAAUCACAUCUCCCAGGCAACACCGAGGUGCAGACUCUUACUCGGCUACACAUCGACAAAU